GUUUGUUGGCGGAACAGUUUGAUCCUCUGAACUAAUGAUUGUGUUCACUAUCAGCCACAGAGUUAUAUAUAUAUAUAUAUAUAUGUAUUUAAGGGUUCUGCCGAUGGAGAAUUAGCUAAUAACUGUGGCGUGUUUAUUAAAUAUUAAUUUGAGAGACUAUUGCACGGUACGACCAGCUAAAGCGAUGGAGUUGUCUCCUCUCUGCACUGAAAGCAUCAGUACAGACGGAUGUAUUAUUAAAUCUGACAGAGGACACAAGAGAAGCAAAGUGCCAAGGGAUGUGGAGAUAGACAUUGAGUUUCUCUACAAAGCUGUCCCUCAGCUGGGCAAGGUUUUCCGCAUCAUAGACAAAAUCGGAGAAGGUACGUUCAGCUCGGUGUAUCUGGGCGAGGCUCAGAUGCGGGAUGGGAGUAGAGAGAUGUUUGCCCUGAAGCACCUCAUCCCAACCAGCCAUCCCACACGCAUCGCUGCCGAGCUUCAGUGUCUCACUGUUGCUGGAGGCAGAGAGAACGUGAUAGGGGUGACGUACUGCUUCAGGAAGGAGGACCAUGUGGUGAUUGUCAUGCCCUAUAUGGAGCAUCAAGCUAUUGUGGACAUCAUUGGCUCACUGAGCUUUGAAGAGGUCCGUCUGUACAUCUAUCACCUGUUGAAGGCACUGAGACACAUCCACCAGUUUGGUAUCAUUCACAGAGACAUCAAACCAAACAAUUUCCUUUUCAACAGGAGCAACAAAGUGUAUGCGCUGGUGGACUUCGGCUUGGCUCAGGGAACAGCAGACACUCAGAUCGAGCUGCUGAAGGUGGUGAGGCAGAGGCCAUCGCAAAAAGGUGGAGGGUCCACAGGGAAACAAGACACCACACAGCGGAGCAAAGCACCACCUAAAUUCCCUCCCAAAACCAGUGCAGCUUCAACCUCACUACCUCUGCCCCCGCAACAGUCCGCGACUUUGCCCCUUUCCUCCUCUUCUUCCUCCACCACCACCACCACAUCCUCCUCAGCCUCUCGGAAAGCACUGGUUAAGAAAGCACGUUCUGUCAGCACCACCAUCACCACCUCCACCUCUCGCACAAAGCACACAAAGGAUUUGACAAGACUACGCAAAGUGCCACGGCCUGUGUUUGGAGAGAGGAACCUGAACAGCUGUGCUCCAGCUCCAUCCGCCACCAAACCAGCUGCCAUAACGACAGAGCUGGUGAAGCCCAGCAAAACAGAGGAUCCAGCCAGUCGAAGGUUCUCUUCAGCCAGCCGGGGCCCGCUACCCGUCAGGAUCCAGAGCAGCAGUCAGAAACCUCAGAGGACCGUGCAGCAGGGCCUCACCUGUAACUGCUACCUGACUGACCGGGUCUGCAACAUUUGCAUGUCCAGGAAGCAGCAGGUGGCUCCCAGGGCAGGGACCCCGGGCUUCAGAGCACCAGAAGUCCUCACAAAGUGUCCCAACCAAGGAACAGCCAUAGACAUGUGGUCAGCUGGUGUGAUCCUGCUCUCGCUGCUCAGUGGCCGUUAUCCUUUCUUCAAAGCCAGCGAUGACCUGAUCGCCCUCACUCAGAUCAUGACCAUACGCGGCUCCAGAGAGACCAUCCAGGCUGCCAAGGCAUUUGGUAAGGCAGUGGUGUGCAGUCGGGAGCUGCCUCGACAGGACCUCAGGACGCUGUGUGAGACGCUGAGAGGGCAGAAGCCGUCACCAGGAGAUGAAGUCACACCACUUCCUGAAACCAACAAAGACUCCACCACCACCGCUGGUUGUCACAAGAUCCAAGAUGAUACGCCUACACAUCGUCCCACAGAGGGAACAUUCAAGCAACACAAAGAUGGAGCAGGUCAGACUCACCCAAACCACCGGGAACAUUCAGGGAGCACAACAAACACUCGCCUUGCUAAACGGAGCUCAGAGACCGGCCGCAAGGUGGAGGAAGAUGAGCGGGGCUGGGACAGAGUUCCUGAUGAGGCCUACGAUCUUCUGGACCAGCUGCUGGACCUGAACCCUGCCACCAGAAUCACAGCUGCUCAGGCCCUGCAGCACCCACUGUUCAAAGACCUGUGACCACACAGGCUGUCACCAGACCAGGACUCCCACAUUAACAAUAAAAGGAGGUGCCAGCUUCCUAGGCUUUGAUUCAGACUUGAGAGACUAGAUGAUGCAAAGAUAAAAGGGUGUUAUACCUAAUAUUUACCUUACAAGUUGUAACCCAGCAGAGGACUGAAGAAUUCUGCUGCUGUACACAGGAUCUUUUAAUCCAUAAAAACAGAGAGAGGUUUACAUCCCUGUGUAGAGAAAUUGCCUGAACAACAGAAUAGAGAUCUUGUCCAUUUCUAUGUAGGAAAAAAAAGUUCUCUCAAUUUUCUUUCCUAUCCACCCGUUAAAUGCUUCAUAGAUUUCACUAUUAGUGUCCGUUCAAGACUUUCUGGUUCACAGGCCUUCAGUAAAGAGUCAAAUAAAAUUCUGUGGCAGCUAUGGUACAAAGUACUGUGAAAAUGGGCAUUUUAAAGGGCUCCAGAUGU